AUGUCACAAGUUCAAAGAAACAUACCUUCAUUUUCAACGGUUACCUCCAGUUUUAAAUCUUAUAUAUUGUCUUUACCACUUUUAACAACCAUAAUCGCUUGUAUUUCUAUAAUUUUUUAUAUAAUUGAUGCUACUGGCAGUAACAUAAUAUAUAAUGCCUUAGCUUUGGAACCUGAAAGUUUCUUUGAAGGACAAAUAUGGCGUCUUUUCACUUAUCCAUUACCGCAUUUUUCUCUUGGUCAUAUCCUCUUCAAUUUGCUUGCCUUUUUACCAUUGAGUACAACUAUUGAGCAUACAAUUGGAACUUUAGAAUAUUUAUAUGUUCUAAUAACCAUAUUUACAAUAAUGUCUGGUUCGUUCUAUUUGAUUGGCUCAUUAAUUUUUGAUUAUAAAUCAAUGAUGGUAGGAGGUUUAAGCACUUGGGUAUUUGGAGUUGUAGUAUGGGAAAGUAGAGAAUUAGCUGGAAAAGAGAGAGAUUCCAGCACACUUUUAUCCAAUAGUGUUACUAUUAAUAAUGAUUCAUUUGGUUAUAUAUCUUGUAUUCUACCAUCUUCUGGCUUUUUCUCUCAACUUGAAAAUAAAACAGCCCUUUCUAGACUUGUAAAUUUUCGUGGAUUUAUCAAAGCGGAAGAGGGUAGUAGAGGUGGAUGGUGGUUACCACUUUGGAAUGAGGAUACAUUAGAAGAACCUUUAGAAUCAUCCAAUGAUGUUAUAUAUGAGGAACACGAAGAACAUGAAGAACAUGAGGAACAUCAGGAACACGAGGAACAAAAUGACGAUAAUAAUUUAGCCUCAUUAAAUGCCGAAGAAAAUAAUCAUUCAGAAUCUCAUAACUUGACAACAAAUUCAAUUUUUGUUGUAUCAUCAAACUCUUCUACUCCAGAAGCAACAUCACCACUAACAACUACCACAAUGACUGAUCCUAUUUUAAACAGCUCGACAACCAAUGUUACGUUAACAUCUGAAAAUAAUACAAAAGACGUUCAACUAGUGGCAGCAGAAUAA